CCUUCUGUUUACCUUGAUCCAGCGAUCGCUAAUUCACUAUCCAUAAAACCUUCUCGAGUGUGAAUUGUUUUUGGUUCUCGUUCUGUUUGGUUCUAGGCCGAAAACGGUUUAUUUCCAAGAUAGAAAUACAUUCAAAAUUGAUUAUUCCGAGGUGAAAGUGAUUAGCCCUUCAUUGCCAAGAAAGUUUGGCCCGUUUUAAGUUUCAACAGGUGGAGUUUCAUCAAGGAAUGAUGCUAGGAUAGCGUUUCUUUUCAUUACGAUUUAAAAAAAAACGAAGAUAAUGAACAACUCGCCGGGCGCAGCACCGACUGUGCAGGAGUACAGCAUUAAAGUGCCCAAGAAUUCGAGAAAGUCGUACCAUGUCAUGCGUUUCAACUCGGUCCAGAACGUCGAUUUUACGAAAUGGUCUCAAGUCAAGAUGGAAAGGGAAAACAACAUCAAAGAGUUCAAGACGCAGGACGAAGAACAGCCAAAGUUUGGUGCCGGGAGCGAGUACGGCAGAGAAGCAAGGGAAGAGGCGAGGAGAAAGAAGUACGGCAUCAUAACACGACGUUAUAAACCAGAGGAUCAACCAUGGAUUCUUAAAGUCGGAGGGAAAUCUGGAAAAAAAUUCAAAGGGAUUCGUGAAGGUGGGGUGGCCGAAAAUGCGUCCUAUUACGUUUUCACACAUGCUGCUGAUGGUGGCAUCGAAGCUUACCCUUUGAACGAGUGGUACAACUUCCAGGCCAUACAGAGGUAUAAGGCCUUAUCGGCAGAAGAAGCAGAACAAGAAUUUGGAAGGCGGAACAAGGUGAUGAACUACUUUUCGCUCAUGAUGAGGAAAAGGCUAAAGAACGAUGAAGAUGGCGAAGGGGAAGAAGAAGAAAAACCAAAGAAGGGGAGGAAAUCUAAUGAGCUUAAGAUUUCUGAAAUGGACGAUUGGAUCGAUUCUGAGGAAGAUGAGUCCGAAUCUGAUGAUGAGGAAGGCGAGAAAAAAGAGAAGAAAGAAAAAGAUAAGAAAAAGAAAAAAGUUCCUGAAAAGAAGAAAAAACGUAAAGGUUCUGAUGAAUCAGCCGUUGAGGAAAGUGACGACGGUGAUGAAGAAGGGCGGGAGCUCGAUUAUAUAUCCGAUUCAUCAGACAGUGAAUCAGAUCACGACGCCAAGGUGGUCAAGGAAAUGAAAGGUGUGGCGGAAGAGAGCGCCCUCAGAAGGCUCCUUACAUCGGACGAGGAGGAGGACGAAGAAGAAAAGAAAGAAGAGGAGAAAGAAGGAGAGAAAGUUGCCGAAAACAAAGAUGCCGAAAAGAACGAUGGGAAAGAUGCUAAAGAUGCGAAAAAGAGAAAAAGGAAGAAAAAGUCAAACGAAAAGAAGAAAAAUGAUGAUUCUUCUUCAGAUUCAAGCGGUGAUAGUAGUGAUUCGGACACAGACAAAUCCAAAGAUAAUGGAUCGAGUUCAAACGCACAGACUCCGGCCGAGAAGAAAGUCGAUCCGGUUCAGACGAAGAAGCCACGCAUGGAGAUGCCCCUUCUUUCUUAUGGAGGUGAGAACGGCAUAACCGAAGAGGCUGUCAGGAGGUAUCUCAUGAGGAAGCCUAUGACGGCUACAGAGCUCCUGCAGAAAUUCAAAAACAGAAAAACCGGACUCAGUUCUGAACAGCUAGUCAACGUCAUGACGCAGAUACUUCAGAAGAUAAAUCCGGUCAAGCAAAAGACUCAGAAUAAAAUGUAUCUCUCGCUCAAACCACAAUGAUAUAAUCAACGGGAAGACGAUUUAAUUUUUAUCCAUCCAACUAUAGAUGAAUUUUAAAUAUGAAAUAAAUAUGUUUAUUGUACAUUUCGGUGUAAAAAAUUUUUAUACAUAAAUGUGAAAUAAAAAUAUUUAUAC